GUGGUGUACAAUGCUGCUCUUUCAGGGGAGACACUGCUCGGUCUUAGGGCCUGUGUGACUCCAGGGAAAUCUGGAGAACAGCCUGUUCUCAGAGGAUGUUCUCUAACCUAGACUCCCCUCCAGAGACUGUCAGCAUCAAUAAGGCCAUUAAUACGCAGGAAGUGGCUGUAAAGGAAAAACACGCCAGAACAUGUAUCCUGGGCACCCACCAUGAGAAAGGGGCUCAGACCUUUUGGUCUGUGGUCAACCGACUGCCUCUCUCUAGCAACGCAGUGCUCUGCUGGAAAUUCUGCCAUGUGUUUCAUAAACUCCUCCGAGACGGACACCCGAAUGUUCUGAAGGACUCUCUGAGAUACAAAAAUGAAUUGAGUGACAUGAGCAGGAUGUGGGGCCACCUGAGUGAGGGGUACGGGCAGCUUUGCAGCAUCUACCUCAAACUGCUGAGAACGAAGAUGGAGUACCACACCAAAAACCCCAGGUUCCCAGGCAACCUUCAGAUGAGUGACCGACAGCUGGACGAGGCUGGAGAGAGUGACGUGAACAACUUCUUCCAGUUAACAGUGGAGAUGUUUGACUACCUGGAGUGUGAACUAAACCUCUUCCAAACUGUGUUCAACUCCCUGGACAUGUCCCGCUCUGUGUCAGUGACGACAGCUGGGCAGUGUCGCCUCGCCCCCCUGAUCCAGGUCAUAUUGGAUUGCAGCCAUCUCUAUGAUUAUACCGUCAAGCUUCUCUUCAAACUGCACUCCUGUCUCCCAGCUGACACCCUGCAAGGCCACCGAGACCGCUUCAUGGAGCAGUUCACAAAGUUGAAAGAUCUGUUCUACCGCUCCAGCAACCUUCAGUACUUCAAGCGGCUCAUUCAGAUCCCUCAGCUGCCUGAGAACCCACCCAACUUCCUGCGUGCCUCUGCCCUGUCUGAACACAUCAGUCCAGUGGUGGUCAUCCCAGCCGAGGCCUCGUCCCCUGACAGUGAACCAGUCCUAGAGAGGGAUGACCUUAUGGACAUGGAUGCCUCCCAGAAGAGUUUAUUUGACAACAAGUUUGAUGACAUCUUUGGUAGCUCGUUCAGCAGUGAUCCCUUCAAUUUCAACAGUCAGAACGGUGUGAACAAGGAUGAGAAGGACCACCUCAUUGAGCAACUAUACAGGGAGAUCAGUGGGCUGAAGGCACAGCUGGAAAACAUGAAGACUGAGAGCCAGCGGGCUGUGUUGCAGCUGAAGGGCCGCAUCAGUGAGCUGGAGGCCGAGCUGGCUGAGCAGCAGCACCUGCGGCAGCAGGCGGUAGACGACUACGAGUUCCUCCGGGCGGAGCUGGACGAGCUCAAGAAGCAACGAGAAGACACCGAGAAGGCUCAGCGGAGCCUGACAGAGAUCGAAAGGAAGGCCCAAGCCAAUGAACAGCGGUAUAGCAAGCUCAAGGAGAAGUACAGCGAGCUGGUUCAGAACCAUGCUGACCUGCUGCGGAAGAAUGCAGAGGUGACCAAACAGGUGUCUGUGGCCAGACAAGCCCAGGCAGACUUAGAACGAGAAAAAAAAGAGCUGGAGGAUUCCUUCGACCGCGUAAGUGACCAAGCCCAGCGGAAGACUCAAGAACAGCUAGAAGUUCUAGAGAACUUGAAGCAAGAACUUACAGCCAGCAAACAAGAGCUCCAGGUCCUCCAAGGUAGCCUGGAAACGUCUGCCCAGUCAGAAGCCAAGUGGGCGACUGAGAUCACCAGACUAGAGAAGGAGCGGGACAGCUUGGCAGGUGUUGCGGCUCAUCAGGAGGAGGAGUUAUCUGCUCUUCAGGAACAGCUCAAACAUACCCAGGUCAAACUGGCCAGUGCACAGGAAUCUAUGUGCCAGCUCGCAAAGGACCAACGGAAAGUGCUUCUAGCGGGGUCCAGGAAGGCUGCCGAGCGUGUGAUACAGGAGGCCCUGAGCCAGCUCGAAGAACCCACUCUCAUCAGCUGUGCUGGAUCUGCAGAUCACCUUCUCUCCAAGGUCAAGUCUGUUUCCAGCUGCAUUGAGCAACUGGAAAAAAGCCGAAACCAGUAUCUGGCCUGCCCAGAAGAUAUCAGCGGGCUUCUCCAUGCAAUAACCCUGCUUGCCCACUUGACCAGUGACACCCUCGCUCAGGGUAGCAUCACCAGCCUCAGAGCCCCGCCAGAACCUGCUGACUCACUGACCGAGGCCUGUAAGGAGUACGGCAGGGAAACCCUUGUCUAUCUGGCCUCCCUGGAGGAAGACGGAACCCUGGAGAAUGCAGACGGCACAGCCAUGAGGAACUGCCUCAGCAAGAUCAAGGCCAUUGGCGAGGAGCUCCUGCCCAGAGGCCUGGACAUCAAACAGGAGGAGUUGGGGGACCUGGUGGACAAGGAGAUGGCAGCCACUUCCGCGGCCAUUGAAGCUGCCACAGCCAGAAUAGAGGAGAUGCUCAGCAAAUCCCGAGCUGGAGACACCGGGGUCAAGUUGGAGGUGAAUGAGAGGAUCCUUGGUUCUUGUACUAGCCUGAUGCAAGCCAUUCAGGUUCUGAUCGUGGCCUCUAAGGACCUCCAGAGAGAGAUUGUGGAGAGUGGCAGGGGUACAGCAUCCCCCAAAGAGUUUUAUGCGAAGAACUCUCGAUGGACAGAAGGACUCAUCUCAGCCUCCAAAGCCGUGGGCUGGGGAGCCACUGUCAUGGUGGAUGCAGCAGAUCUGGUGGUCCAAGGCAGAGGGAAAUUUGAGGAGCUGAUGGUGUGCUCCCGCGAAAUCGCUGCCAGCACGGCCCAGCUUGUGGCCGCGUCCAAGGUGAAAGCUGAUAAGGACAGUCCCAACCUAGCCCAGCUGCAGCAGGCCUCCCGUGGAGUAAACCAGGCCACUGCGGGAGUCGUGGCCUCAACCAUUUCCGGCAAAUCUCAGAUUGAGGAGACAGAUAAUAUGGACUUCUCAAACAUGACGUUGACGCAGAUCAAACGCCAAGAGAUGGAUUCCCAGGUCAGGGUGCUGGAGCUAGAAAAUGACUUGCAGAAGGAGCGUCAGAAGCUGGGAGAGCUUCGGAAAAAGCACUAUGAACUCGCUGGUGUUGCUGAGGGCUGGGAGGAAGGAACAGAAACAUCUCCAACUGUGCUGCAAGAAGCAGGAACUGAGAAAGACUAGAGCCACACCACUGCCCCAUACGUCAGAGUUCUUUUCAGUUUCGUCAUUUGCACAAACUUGUGAGCAUCCGAGGGCUGGUGGAUUCCAAACCAGGACACUACCCUGAACCUGCACAGUGGAAGACAGCAGGCGUGUCCUGGCUCAGAAUGCCAAGGCAGUUCUCCCUUCUCUGGGCAGUUCCAUGGAGUCCCACUGCUGCCGGUGGUGGUUGGUUGGGUGUUUUGGUUUUCUUUUUUUCAAGUGUCACUCAUAUAGCCAACUCUCCCAAAGGGCACACCCUGGAGCCCUGAGCUAUCUGGGGCCUCCCCCCUCCCCCAGUGGUCACAGCGACGGUGCUGCUCAGGCUCCACCCUGGUGCUCCACCUCAGCCUCCACACUGAGCGCCCUGCGGAGCCAGUGCUGGUCAGUGAGGCCACCCUCCAGGGCCAGGGACAGCUUUCCUCAAAAGGCAGAAGCAGAGCGAGUGCCUUUCCUUCCCAAAGCUGGACCCCGCUGAGAGCCUCUGUCCACCCCACAAGUGAGAGAGCAACAAAAAGCAGGAAAGGAGGGGUAUACACAGUGCCAGGUCUCCAGGGAACACCUUUCUUAGGAACUCCUGUGGCUGGGCCCAAACACCCGUCGUAUGCCUGAGUGGAGCCAGUUCGGAGCAGCAAUACUCCUCCCUCCAGGAUGAAUCGUCCAUCCCACGUCACACGGCCACCUCCCUUCAUACCCUGGGGAGCCCUGAGAGGGAGUGUGCAAGGGAUUUCCAAUUCCUUUCUUCAGAUGUCUGCUUUAGCAUCCUCUUAAAUCUGAAGAAGACAAUUCCAUGUUCCACCUAAUUGACAGACCCAGAAGAUUAGACAUACUUGCUCCCGUUGGGAAAGAACCCUGUGCUUGGUUUGGUACCUUUAAUAUUUAUUACUAACCUUGAAGCAGCAGCGGCCUGGAGAAAGAUGCUGAGAGCAGUCAGGAGCUCAGGGGUGACUGGCGAGGUCUGCACGGCUGCCCUGCACCCUCAGUCUUCAAGAGCCAGAGACAAGGCCCAGAUGCUGCCCUGGACCGCUAACUGGCUUGGAUCCCAAAGCAAGCAGGUUCCUCGGUGCAUUUGGGUCGGGCGACAAGAAAGGGAACCACUGGCUUUGGCUCCUGCCAGGCACGCAGUUGCAGGCCCUCGGUGCCCUGUGGACAGGAUGACGACAGAGGGCACAUUAACAGCCUCUUAGAGACGGGCAACCUGACAGCACUUUUCCACUUCCAAAUGGACCCCAGCAUUUAAGUGACCUUCCAGUCUUGGAAAAAAUGGUGUCUUCCUCCUCCAUCUGUAGCAACUUAGGUAGUAGCCGACAAGCAUUUCCCAGGACCUGUCCCACAGGAACAUUGCAAGUUCUGCUACAUGACAGGUUGUGAGACUUCUGUUUGAUCACUGUGAAUCAACCCUCCUUCUUCCUAACACCCCUCCCCCAACUCCCUCUCUGCAUUUUCUAAGUGGGGCACUCAGAGAACUGUCUCCCAGGAACUCAGACACAUGACCUCCGUACUGGGCUCAGGAGGUAUCAGCAGUAGAAACUGGGUUGUCUUAGUUUAAUGCUUCUUGUACUCAGCAUUUUUCCAUUUCAAGGGUCAACAUUUCCAAAAGUGAUUAAUCCAAAAUCACAGCCAUUCACAUCUUGUACCAAAUUACCAAUGUGGUAGAAAAGUCUAGUGUAUUGAGCCAGAUUAAGAUCCUCUGAAUAACACUCUAAAAAGAAGCCACUGUCAUUUAAAACUAUUCAUGGACUUGGUUUGAGUAAUAAAGCAGUUAAGAAAGCUAUUCAACAGGAGCACAGGCUAAUUCAGUCUCACAGGAAAUGAAUACCUGUCAGAUGUACUGUGAUAACUUUCAUAAUAGCUCCGCUUAGAAACAACGCCAUUCUCUAGCCAUAACCAAAUUAUCUACCUUGGCUCUUCUAAAAAUGAGUGUGUGAUAGUUGGUGUGAAAUAGCUUGGAUCACAUCUUCAAGCUAAAAAUGAGCCUCCCAGCCUUCUGAUGAGUCACUGAACAUCCUGAGACUGAAGUCUUGUGGGUGAGUGUAAAUGGGUCAGAAGGAAACAGGACCGCCACAACGUGAUGGCUUCGGGUUGAUAAGAGGGGGAUACAGCUACAUUUGUAAUUCUGUAAUUCCCUGAUACCUCUAGAGUAAGGAUAUUUGUGUACGUGAUAAGGGAAAAGUUAGAAGAAAAGACCUACCUUUAUGGAGUUGUUUUAUAUCUAAGCAAGGAGUUUAAAUUAGACUAGGAUUUAGAUUGCUUCUUGGGUCUGCUGCCCACAGUAUCCCUGGGAUCCCACCUGAAUAUGAAUCCUUUCCCCCUUGCUUGGGGGAACCAAAUGCUGUUCAGAACAUUCUUUCUUGGGGUUGUUCCAGCUACUGAAUCAGACACAGGUUUACAUCGGGUACCACAGGCAUCACAAGCACUUGUCAUUUUGGUCAGGUUAGUUUGCUUUGGCCUCUCCUCCUGAGAUGCUGGUUCUCAGCUUGCACCUGGGAGUUUCUUACUUCUUGGUCAGCUCAUGGUCUAGAGAGAUCUCCUGGCUCUGCUUUAUUCCGGUCUUUAAUAACUGGUCAGUGUCCUGCUACCUUCUGCCAGCUCUCCAAUCUCUGGGAGCCCUUACUGCCAAUGAAAGCCUUCAGUCCCAACAUUGGCCUUCCAGCCAGACCGGCUGUACCAUCCUUGGACCUCCAGAGACGGCAUCACCUGUAGCAUAGAACACCACCACCACGAGCCUGCCAGCCAUGAACACAGCAAACUGGGCCCGCCGUUUGCUGCUCAAGUCCCCUGUCGCCCAGGUCCAGACCACAUGCAGGAUCACCAACAGCAGUGGUAGCCCUGCCUCUUCUCGUACCCCAGGAACCAAAGCAACAUGAAACAAUUGGUUUAGAUGCUAUUGGGUCCGAUUCUGAGAGUAGAUUUUUUUUCCAGACACAUCUUUCAGGUGACCCUCAACUACCUCAGGUUUGAAGGCCCUAAGUUAAGCUGAGUACCAUUCAUAGGGGCAAACCGAGGGGGUUUGGUGAAAUCUUGGUAAUAAUGCUGUUGUUUCAAACUUAGAACACACUCUUCCACAUUUAGAUCUGCAGGGAUAAGGUUGGGUUCGUUUUUUCUUCUGUUUUUAAUCUUGGCCCCAGUUCACCAUUAGAAUAGUUCCUAUAAAUAAAUUUCAUUUCUCACUGAGUGCCUACCUUCCCAGGGCAGGUAGCCACUGGCUUUUGUUUCCUCCAACCAGACUUUUAUUAUGGUAUUAAGACCUUUCUUUGUAUAAUACAUUGCAUCUGUGUUUUCAAUUUUUCAAAUAAAUACUUCAGCCUGGCUGUUGAGA